AUGGAUUUGCAAAAUGGAUCUGGGGUAAACGAGUUGUUCCAAGCCCAUGCCCACGUAUGGAACCAAACCUACAACUUCAUCAAUUCCAUGUGCCUUAAGUGUGCAGUUCAACUGGGCAUACCAGAUCUCAUCCACAAUCAUCCCCAACCCUUCAUGGCUCUCUCUCAACUCACAGCUUCCCUACCAAUCAAUCCUGCAAAAGCAAACAGUAUCAGACAGCUCAUGUCCAUUCUCACACAUUCAGGUUUCUUCCACAAAAAGAAACCUAAUGAAGAUGGAGAAGAAGAAGAAGAAGAAUCCUACGCCAUGACUUACGCCGGUAGGCUUCUUGUAAAGGACAACCCCUUGAGUAUGACCUCUUCUUUGCUUCUUUCACUUGAUCCUAUUCAGAUGGAGCCUUGGCAUCAUUUGAGUACUUGGUUCCAGAAUGAUCACCCUACCGCAUAUCACACAGCACAUGGAAUGGCUAUUUGGGAGUAUGCAAGCCAUAAUUCAAAGCUCAAUAAUUUAUUUAACAACGCAAUGCUGUGUGAUUCUCGCCUGGUGUCAAGUGCCAUGCUUCACAAGCUGAAGUGGGUGUUCGAGGGGUUAGAGUCGCUGGUUGAUGUUGGAGGAGGCACAGGAACUAUAGCGAAGGCCAUAGCUCAAUCCUUCCCAACCAUGAAAUGCACUGUGCUCGAUCUUCCACACGUUGUCGCUGGCUUGAAAGGCACCAACAAGUUGAACUACGUUGGAGGUGACAUGUUUGAGGCAAUUCCUCAAGCAGAUGCAGUUCUACUGAAGUGGGUCCUGCAUGAUUGGGGUGAUGAAGAAUGUGUGAGGAUACUUAAGAAGUGCAAGGAGGCGAUUUCAGGCGAUGGGAAGAAGGGUAACAAAGUGAUCAUCAUAGACAUGGUGGUGGAUCAGGAGAAUAAAGAUCAUGAAUCGGUGGAGACACAACUUUUCUUGGAUAUGCUGAUGAUGGUGCUUUUUACUGGAAGAGAAAGAAGUGAGAAGGAAUGGAUCAAGUUAAUUUGCUCCGCUGGUUUCACUGAUUUCAAGAUAAGUCGUGUUCUGGGUUUAAGGUCUAUCAUUGAAAUUUAUCCUUAG